AUGAUCAUUUUCGAUGAUGAGAAGUAUUCUUGCGUCUCGUGUAUUCGUGGCCAUAGAUCUUCAACAUGCAAACACAGUGAGCGAAUGCUAGUCAAAGUGAGGACAAGAGGGAGGCCAUCACCAGUGGACAUUAGAAAGGUUAUCUUAGUCGACACCAACUCUCAAGUUCAAACGUCAGAAAGUCCAGACGACUCUGUGUCUCCUUGCUGCUCCAAGGAAGGAAAGCUAUGUGGUAAAAUGAACAAGCAGCCAAUACUUUUUCUAAGAGCAAUGAGAACUCAAAAGGCGCUAUUAGUUGAUGGGGCUCUUAAAAUAAUGAUAGAAGAUAAGAACUCUCAAAAUGAAGGGAAAUAUAAAUUUAUUUCAGAACGGGAGUAUUUACUGAACCAUACAAAUGAGAAAAGUGCCGAAUCAGGUAACAAGGCAGAAGAGGUCAACAACUGUGAGAAUUUGAUAUCUAAGCAAGAGAAUCAUUUCCAUGCUCCGAUGAAUAUACCAGAAGUUAGAUCUCCAUCUCCAACCAUACUCAAUAACUCCAUUGUGGAAUUAUUUACUCACAAAGGUAUUUACUUAAGCACGCAGUGCACAUGCGAGGACAACAAAUGUAACUGUGAAAACUGCCUAAUUCACCGUAAAGAAGAAGAAUUGCAAUCAUACAUUCAACAGAGUGGUGUUCCUCUAUCCAACUUGGGUAAUGGCAGAGUUUCAUAUCCUGACGUUGAACCUUCAUCGGGCGCAUUUAUGUGCAAAGGCGCGGCUGUAGAUUGUAAUACCGAGGGCUGCUUAUUUCACCCUGAUCAAGUGAUUUCAUUGACAAGGCUACUCUUAUAUGGGAUUCUCAACACACGUUUCACUAGGAAAAGUGUAAUAAAAUACAAAAACAAGCUUAUUCCAUCCAAAUAUUGGUGGAAUUUCCUAAAGUUGGAAAUACCUUCCAUGUCAUUUAGUCAGCUUGAAAGUUUGGACAUUAUUCAUUGGUUCGAUGGCAUAAUAGAAGCAUACGGCGCACACAUGGUAAACGAUGCAGUUUCGGGUUCUCUUAAUCUUAAUGAUAUGGAAAUAAUGUUAGAAAACUAA